CGAUCGCGAAAGUUGAUGACGUUCGAUGUUAAAAUUUGGGAAGCUCGGGAGGGAGCUUUGUGGACGAAGCUUCGAUAUGAUUAUUCAACGUUAAGGAUGUGUUAAACAUGGACAUUGCAGAGCAGCAAGUUGAUCCGAACAGGAAGAUUACUGUGGACGAAUUGAACUCCGACAUUUUGCCAGUGAUUUACGAAAUUAUUAGAAGCAUUGAAAAGGAUCACCACGAUAACACCGUAAAAACACGUGAAUCCCAAGACUGUUCUCUCAGGGUGCUUGAACUUCAGAAAAGGCUUGAACAAGUCAGAUCGGAGAUUAAACUCCUGCCUGGUAUAGAGUUUAGCAAAGAACAGCAGCUGAGCAAUUUGGAGUCACUAAAAACCCAGCUGAAGUUGAAGCAGAAAUUAUUACAGAAAUACAGAUUCCUAGUGUUUGAUGUGCAGCAGUCCUAAGAAUGGUGUUACGUUUGA